AUGUCUUCCCAGGCCUCGACCUCUACCACUUCUAUCAUCCCCUCCGUCUUCACAUGGAGCAGCGCCCAGGAGCGCGACCUCGAAGCACAGACGAUCUCCGGCACGCACGAGCACUUCAACGUACAGCUCCCCACUCCUCCUGCAGCGCGCCUUCACGCCCCUCGUACCCGCCCCUCUAACGCAGAGGAGGGCACAAACGCAGUUGAUGACUUCUUCGGCGCGUCGUCCUCUCGCCGUUCGCCCCGCGGCACUCAGGACAGCCGCCACGACACGAUGUCCUUGCCCGUGCACCACGACGACUCGGGCUCGGACGCGCCGCCGCCGUACUCUUACUCUUCGGAGCCUCCCGCAUACACGCGCUACGUGGAGCACCCUACGCUUGCCAUGUAUCUCUUCAAGUUUGGCUUCCUCUUCCCGCUGUUCUGGAUCGCCGGCGCCCUCGUUCUCAUCUCUCCUCUUCGCGCCCCACAGGAUUGGGAGCUCUCCAAGACAGACGCGGAGCGCCAGGAGCUCAUCGAGAGCAUGCGACGCACGGAGAUUAAGUGGGCAAGGCGCUGCCUCAUCGCAAUCUUCGCUCUCGCCCUUGUCGUGCUCGCCGUCGUGCUCGCCGCCGUUUUUCUUAUGAGGACGUGA